GCCUAGCGUUCAUCCCAGCCUAGCCGUAACAUGCGAAGUGGUCACACCCAGUACCCGGUUCUACCAUGCAGCUCAGGUCAGGAUACAACUUUACAAUCGGUGUGCCAUUGAAAGCGGAAGGAUCACAAAUCUAGAUGGGGACAGUUUCUCCACCUUUGCCUUUGGAAUAAGCUCUCUUGUUUGUUAUGAAGGUGGUCUAGGCCUAGGGUUUGUGCGGAGGUUUCUGGUUUGGUGCAAAAAGCACAAGCUUCAAUGCGAGAGGUGCUUGCUGGGUUCAAAGUUCGCACUUUUGCACCGGACCAGAAAGCAGGCGUGCUAGCGUGUUGCCGAACACAUGUGCCGCUGACUGUCGCACUUGCUCUGCGCCGGUUGUCACACUCUGACCGUCACACCUGCGUGAGGUAUAGCUUGCCAGGACUUAUCGAAGAUCUACUGAUUAUAACAGUUUGAGAGAUGCAGCGCACGGAAGCGGUCGGAAACCUUUGUGCAGCUCUGCUGCUGCUCGGCAUGGGAUUAUCCAGUCUUGUCAGCGCCGAAAUACGGCCGCUGGAACAUGCAGACUUUGAGAGGAGGGAGGUUAUCAGUGAAGAGGUUACGUAUGCUGAUCAGUUGAUAAUGGCGGAGCAGGCUGGCUUCGCGGAUGAUGGUGAACUGCAUCCCAGCCAUAUGGGAAAGGAUCCCAGGUCAAAGGUAUCUGCCCAUCACUCCUUUACACCGCAGUAUGUCAAGGCUCACAUCAUGAAGGAGGAACACAAGAAGCUUCAGUACAAGGGGACGCUAAGUAUCAAUGUGUCCGGUUUUGGCAAGACAUGGACCUUGGAUCUACUAUUGAACCAAGUUGCAUUUGGUGAGAGAUCGUUGAACUUCAGGGAAGACAAGGUCACUAAAAAACCUAUCUUUGAUAAGGUACCUCCGUCCGUCUGCUAUUAUCACGGGUUUGUACGCGGUGACAGCAAGGACACUUGGGUGGCUGCUAGUACCUGCGAUGGCUUCACUGCUACAUUCUACGAUGGAGAGACUGCGUACAACACUGCCCCGCUGUACAAGAAUGCCACGAUGUCCGGGUCUCACAUAAUCUACCGUACUGCAGAUGCUCAUAGCGCCUUCUCCUGGGCUAGAUGCGGAACCAAUCAUAGCGAGGGUCAUGAGUCUUAUCUUGAUCAUCCAAUGGACCAGGUAGCUCCAAAGAUCAUUGGAGAGGAUCUGCAUGGUCGGAUGAAACGGCAAACAAUCCUCGGUCCAAACUCCGGUGUUAGGCGUGUCAUUGACUUCCUCGUCAUUACGGACCGACGAUUUAUCAACCUAGUUGGCGGGAGUGUGUCGGCUGCUGAGGACUUCAUCCAUCAAGCAGUUAACAUUAUGGACUUGGCAUACAACUCCAUCAACAUGCGAGUGUCACUCAGUGGUCUGGCACAGUUCUCUGGCUCGGACCCGUUUACACUCACCACGAACGGCGGAGUGCUACUGGACAGAUACAUUGCCUUCGUCCGAGCCAACGCUCUUUCGUUCAACGCCCGAAUCGAUACCUCACAGUUUGUCACGGGGGUAAAUUUCGACGGCAACGUGAUAGGCCUGGCACCAGUCAACACCGUGUGUACAGUAAAUGGACAUUCUCUAGUAGAGCAAUUGUCCGGUGCAACGUCCAGCUUCACGUCUCUGAUUAUGAGUCAUGAACUUGGUCACGUGGUCAACAUGCUUCACGACGGAGAUCCAGGUCGCGUUACUUGUAACAACUGCGCGGCCAACAGACCCUGCAUCAUGUUUCCCUCACUCGGUACCAGCAAUAUCAACCGCUUCAGUCAGUGCAGUGUCAACAGUUUCAACGCCAUUCGCAACUCCCGCCCAUGCUUGGCUACCUUCACUGAAGGUGCCGAGUGUGGAGAUGGAGUGGUUGGAGAAGGAGAAGAGUGCGAUUGUGGAUUUGAGCAGGUGUGUGACAAUCCCUGUUGCAACGCAGCCACGUGUCGAUUUAUUGGAGAGUGUGACAGCGGAGAUUGCUGUGACCUAGUAACAUGUUCGUUUCGCACCAGUGGCGCAACGUGUCGUGCAGCCGACGGUACCAACAGGUGUGACUUGGAGGACUUCUGCUCUGGCAACAGCCCUACAUGUCCGGAGACUAGCAGGCGUAACGGCGAGUUCUGUGCUGAUUCAACUGAGGACCUGUGCUGGGAAGGCAACUGCAUAACACGACCAUCACAAUGCCAGGUGCUCUUCGGAGGAGGUGGCACUCCGGGAAAUGACAUGUGCUUUACGCUGAAUGUUUUCGGAAAUCAAACCGGAAACUGCGGUCUAAACCUGGCUACGUCCACCCAAGGCAACCUGCAGUUCACCGCCUGUGCAGAAGCUGAUGCGCUAUGUGGCAAGCUUCAUUGUGGUGACACUGGUGCCGAUGAACCUGUUACCACGGCUGCUAGGGAAACAGAGAGAACUACCAUAUCAGUGGAUGGAAACGAGAUCAUAUGCAAAGGUGGAACGAUUCUGGACCCAUCUUUCCUGACUGCUGGAGCUACAGACAUUACGGUCGUCAGGGACGGACAGAGUUGUGGCAAUGGCAAUGUGUGUUUGAAUGGUCAGUGCCAGUCUCAGACCAUGGUGGACCUGGAUAUCGAAUUCUGUGACAUGGCGAAUUCUCUAGAGUGCAAUGGACGGGGCGUGUGCGAUACGCAGCGCAACUGUCGCUGUAACAAUGGAUUCCUGGGCACUGCCUGUGAAGUCACUGUUCCAGAGUGUCCUGCCGAAAAUCCAUGUCUGAAUGGUGGAUCAUGCAUGGAUGGUAUCGAAGAAUUCACCUGUGCAUGCCCCCCUACAUUCACUGGACUCCUGUGUGCAGAUGUUGUCGACAACUGUAUGAGCACUCCAUGUCAGAACGAAGGCACGUGUACUAGCGGUGUGGGCACUUUCAGUUGCCAGUGUACAGCUGGAUUCACCGGUGAUACUUGCCAGACAGAUUUCAACGAGUGUGCCAGUGGCCCAUGUCAGAACGACGGGAUGUGUAACGACCUUGUCAACGCCUUCCAGUGUGACUGUCUGGCCGGGUUCACUGGCGUGAUGUGUGAAACAGUGACUGAUGAAUGUUUAUCAAUGCCCUGCCUGAAUGAUGGAGAGUGUACUGACUUACCUAAUGCCUUUAUGUGCACAUGCCCUCCUGGGUUCACUGGUGUUCGCUGUGAAACUGGUGGUUAG